AUGUCAGCUCUUUCGGAGGAGGUCAAUUCUACCUUGAUAAGUGUUCUCAAUGGGUUUUCCUCCCCAGAUAACAACAUUCGUGCUGCGGCGGAAGAGACUCUGAACAAGAGCUGGAUAACUCCUGAAAAUAUCGAAGUAUUGCUCAUCUUUUUAUCAGAGCAAGCAGCAUUCUCUUUGGAGAUGACAUUGGCAGCUUUGUCUGCCGUUUUGUUUCGGAAACUGGCCCUAAGGGCUCCUCCAUCGUCCAAAACCGUUAUAAUUGCUAAGAACAUAACGCAUAUUAGCGAAAACGCUUUGAAUCAGAUACGUAAUAGUUUGUUGAAGGGGUUUAUAACUGAGAGGCCCAGUGGAAUAAGACACAAAUUGUCCGACGCUAUUGCAGAAUGUGCCCAAGAGGAUUUGCCAGCUUGGCCGGCACUUCUUCAAACACUUUUUGAGGCUGUUAAAAAUCCUGAUCCAAACUUCAGAGAGUCAAGUUUCAGAAUUUUUACUUCAGUGCCACAUCUUAUUAACGCAGUGGAUAUUAAUGAUGUCCUUCCUAUCUUUGAAGCUGGAUUCACUGAUGAGGACGAUAACGUCAAAAUUGCAGCAGUUACAGCAUUUGUUGGAUAUUUCAAACAACUUCCCAAAACUCACUGGUCAAAAUUGGGCGUGCUCUUACCUAGCUUAUUGAAUAGUCUUCCGAAGUUUUUGGACGAUGGAAAGGACGAUGCUUUGGCAUCCGUGUUUGAAUCACUGAUCGAACUGAUUGAACUUGCUCCUAAACUAUUCAAAGCAAUGUUUGACCAAAUGAUACAAUUUACAGAUUUGGUCAUCAAAAACAAGGAUUUAGAAACGUCUGCGAGAACAACUGCUUUAGAGCUCCUCACUGCAUUCAGCGAAAGCGCUCCUCAGAUGUGUAAAUCUAAUGCGAGUUACGCGCAGUCUAUGGUCAUGAAUACUUUGAUAAUGAUGACAGAAGUUUCCAUUGAUGACGAUGAGGCUUCAGAAUGGCAAAAUUCUGAUGAUACCGAGGAAGACGAAGAGGAAGUAACUUAUGACCAUGCCCGUCAAGCGCUUGAUCGGGUUUCACUAAAGCUUGGUGGCAAGUAUUUAGCUCCACCACUUUUUCAAUACCUGCAGCAAAUGGUUUCUUCUUCUGAAUGGAGAGAGAGAUUUGGCGCACUUAUGGCACUUUCUUCCGCUGCGGAAGGCUGCAGAGAUGUUUUGAUAGGUGAGAUUCCAAAAAUUCUUGACAUGAUUAUUCCCCUAAUUAAUGAUCCUCACCCAAGAGUCCAGUAUGGUUGCUGUAAUGCAUUGGGACAAAUUUCAACAGAUUUUGCUCCUUUGAUUCAAAGAACCUCACAUGAACGUAUACUACCCCCUCUCAUUUCUAAAUUGAGCACUCAAUCGGUUGACAGGGUUCAAACACACGCUGCUGCUGCAUUGGUGAACUUUUCUGAACAUGCCACGCAAACAAUUUUAGAACCAUAUCUGGAUGACUUGCUAACUAACUUACUCACCCUUUUACAAAGCACUAAGUUUUACGUACAGGAGCAAGCUUUAACCACAAUUGCAUUCAUCGCGGAAGCUGCUGAAAAAAAAUUCAUCAAAUAUUACGAUACUUUGAUGCCUCUAUUAAUAAAUGUAUUGAAAACCGAUACUGGAAGUGCAAACAGAUUAUUGAAAGGUAAAUGCAUCGAAUGCUCUACUUUGAUUGCGCUUGCAGUGGGAAAGGAAAAGUUUGUGUCACAAUCCCAAGAACUUAUAGAGUUAUUCAUUGCAUAUCAAAAUCAAGGGGUGGAAGACGAUGAUCCGAUCAAGUCAUACUUAGAGCAUGGAUGGAGUAGAAUUUGUAGAAUUUUACGGGAGGACUUUGUUCCUUUACUUCCUGUCGUUAUUCCACCUUUGCUAGAAACUGCAAAAGCUACUCAAGAUGUAAGUUUGAUUGAGGAAGAGGAAGCCGCUAAUUUCCAGCAGUAUUCUGACUGGGAUGUUGUUCAAAUACAAGGAAAGCAUAUUGCAAUCCAUACUUCAAUUCUUGACGAUAAAGUUUCAGCGAUGGAAUUGUUACAGGUUUACGCAACAAUUUUGAAAAAUUUCUUCGCAGUAUACGUUGAUGAGAUUAUGAGAGAAAUUGCAGUGCCCUCGAUCGAUUUUUAUCUUCACGAUGGCGUUCGUGCUACAGGUGCAGGCUUAAUUCCUGUUCUGCUCUCGUCCUUGGUUGCUGCCACCGGAUUGCAGAACAAUGAUGUUCUUCAAUUGUGGCAUUUAGCUUCAACGAAGUUGAUCAGCGGUAUUAUUUCAGAGCCUAUGCCCGAAAUUACCCAAAUUUAUCAUACUGCGCUUGUUGAUGGAAUUGGUAUAAUGGGGGACAACUGUUUGAACAGUGAACAACUAAGUCAGUAUACGAAAGGUGUGUCUGCUAAUUUGUCAGACAUAUAUGAGCGUGUGAAACAACGCCAUAAUCAGGACGACGAAUAUAAUGAGGACGUUGACGAUGAUUAUGAAGAUUAUACUGAUGAGGAUUUGUUGGAUGACAUUAACAAGUCUCUUUCAGCUAUUUUCAAAUCAACACAUGGUGGUUACAUAACCCAAUUUCAAACCAUAUGGCCACUCAUUGUGACCUAUUUGAGAGAUGGCGAAGUAAUCCUAACGUUAUUUGCUCUUUGUGCCAUCGGUGAUCUCGUUGAAUCUGCGGGUUCCCACAGCGAGCCAUUCAGAGCGAACUUCAUAAAUGAAGUCAGAGAAUUUUUGGUCUCCCCAGAUGCGUCGAUUCGUCAAGCUGCCUCCUAUGUAAUCGGAGUGUGUGCUCAAUUUGGUCAAUCUGUGUAUACUCAGGACUGCCUCGACUCUCUGGAUGUCCUUUUCCGCGUAAUUUCAAUUCCGAACGCAAAGUCAGAGGAGAACGUAACUGCAACAGAAAAUGCCAGCGCUGCUAUUGCUAAAAUAUUACAUUCAUAUGGCACCAGUAUCCCAAACUUGGAUAGUUAUAUAUCCAACUGGUUAAAGUCAUUCCCCAUUGUCCAGGAUGAGGAAGCGGCGGCAUUCAAUUACAGGUUUUUGGCACAUUUGAUUGAGACCAAUUCUGCGGUUGUUCAAGAUCCUUCGAAUAUUGCUGUUAUAGUUGAUUAUGUUGUGCAAGCUUUGCAUCAUAAGACUUUGGUCGGAAAGAACGCAAAUGCAGUUGCUCAGGCCACGAAGAAGCUCUUAGGCCGGCUCCCACAAAAUGAAGCUUUAGCUUUAUUUCAAAGAUAUCCUUCAGAUAUGUUUCAAGAAAUUCAACAAUGGUUUGCCUAG